UAAACGUCAGACGCCCCACCGUGCAGCAGCAAAGUUUCGCGAGCGCCUGCCAGUGUGCGUGUUGUGUUGGUGAAACUGGUCCAUAUUUUGGAACGAAACUAUUUUGUAAUGCUUUUCCGUGCACUUCGUGCGUAUGUGCCGUAAGUGAGUUCGUGCGUGCCGUCGCCGUGUGGUGCAGAUAAAACCCGUUUCUUCACGUGAGCUGCAUGAACAAGUGUGUGAUCAAAGGUGUCUCAUUAGUCUGUGUGUGUGUGUGUGUGCGUUACCAUGUUUAUCUUCUGUGCUGAUAAUCGUACAGCAUUCCCGUGAUCUUUGUUCACCGUACGGAGGGGACGGGAAAGGUGGUAUAUUCAACGUGUCACAGUAGGUGGGUGGCACCGCACUGCUAGACACAGCCACCCGGAUACAAUUACAAUCCACACUGCCGUCGUGCAGUGUCCGUCGGCUCCACGUACACAGCAGCAGCAGCAGCAGCCCGAGAUUGCACUCGCUUGCUCUACGAAACUGUCAUCCCCGCGGCAGCCCAGCUGAGUAAAGGUCAGGGUGGUGUUCUUUCGAAGUUUCUUUUGUGUUUGCAAACCGAGUGGGGUGGGACUUUCGUCACCCAUUUCUUGGAACAGCAAAGGCCAGAUUUGCUCCAGCUCAACAUCCGGGGUUGGCAACAACUUCUCCGAACAAGCAGGCAAAAGGUCACACGCAGGGGGAACAGCUCGGCAAGGGAAAGGGGAACGAUUGCAAAAAAAAAGUGAGAAGCUUACACUUACACGCACCUUGAUUCCGUCGGAGAAGAAGCAGGAGAAGGAGUGGGCGAAAACGUGCGAGUAAACAACAAUUAGAGUGAAAACGAACCGAAAGGAAAAGAAAUCAGCAACUACAAACAACAACACCAACAACAACAAAACACUUUCGCUCGUGUGCACGUGUAUUGCUGUGUGUCUGGGUGUGUGUGUGUCCAGCUCUAAUGAUUGUUUCUUCAAUGAAGACGAGAAGGUGUGGAUAGGGGAAAGGGAGCGCAGCAACAGUAGAAAGGAAGCACGCACCAGCGAAAACAACAAGUGCAAAAGCACACAGAGACGGACACAGGCAGCAGCUUGUCUCGUGUUCGUUUAGCCCCACAGAAGCCCCAACAGUGUGUGUGUGUGUGUGUGUGUGUGUGUGUGUGUGUGUGCGUGUGUGUACUAUGGCCGUGUGACGAUGGCAUCCAUUGUAAGGAUUCCCGUACGCUGCAGGUGUCGUGCGGAAUGCCAGUGCUAAAGCGUCCCUCGAGACGGCCGCAGGAUACUGUCCUUACGCGGAUGUGUGUCUGCUGAGUGUGUCCUACCUUUGUGUGUGUGUGUUUGUGCCUCUAAUGGCAGCAAAUGUUUGAAAAAAUAAAAAGGCCAACAAUACAAUAGCGCAGUCAGCCACAGCCUCCUUGUGCUCCUGUGCCUGUGGUAGAGCAAUAUCCGCCCAAGGAGAGAGAGAGGAAGAGAAAGCCCACACGGGAUUGAAAUCACCAACGACAGCGACGAAGACGACGCACACAACAUCAUCAAAAUGGGGCUACUGUUUGCAAAAAUCUGGAGCUUAUUCGGCAACGAAGAACACAAGCUCGUCAUGGUGGGUUUGGACAAUGCCGGCAAGACAACCAUCCUGUACCAGUUUCUAAUGAACGAAGUCGUCCACACCAGCCCAACGAUUGGAUCGAACGUGGAGGAGAUCGUGUGGAAAAAUAUUCACUUUCUCGUGUGGGAUCUGGGCGGCCAGCAGAGCUUACGGGCGGCCUGGAGCACGUACUACACAAACACAGAGUUCAUCAUCAUGGUAAUAGACUCAACCGAUCGCGAACGGUUAGCGGUGACGCGUGAGGAGUUGUACAAAAUGCUGCAGCACGAAGACUUAACGAAGGCUAGUUUAUUAGUGUACGCAAAUAAGCAGGAUCUAAAAGACUCGAUGAGUGCAGCUGAAAUUUCCAAACAAUUAGACCUUACCUCCAUCAAGAACCACCAGUGGCACAUACAGUCCUGCUGUGCGCUCACGGGCGAAGGCUUGUACCAGGGAUUAGAAUGGAUAGCGCAAAGGAUCAAGAAGAAAUGACACCCACCUGUGUAAAAGCUCUGCAGCUAUGUAAACCCCGUGGGGACGACCGGCACCGCACCGGUAGCACUUUGCUCGGUGAUUCUAUUGUUAUUCCGUAUGGAGUAUAUGGAGAGGUGGGCAAAAACAAACCCACAAAAUCACAACCAAACCAAGCGUCUGUGACGACGUUUGGCAAGGGUAUCCUGGGCAGUAGGAAAACCCCUCCGCCUGCUGCUCUCCAUUCAAACCGUACCGAAGGCAAUCGAACUGGUCGGCGGAGGAGACGUGUAAUUAGCGAAACGAUCCA